AUGUGCCUUAUGUCUGCAAUGUUCUCGAGUGAUGUGGAUGAUGUAGGUCAGACGUUGCAGAGCGCGCGUCGCUCUACUGUAUCUAUUAGUCGCCUGACAAAUGAAAUGAGUGAGGUGCGCGAGAUGGCAGAGGGCUCGUUUGGUGUAGUAAAGUGUUACCGUCACGACUUUGACAAGCUCGAGUACGCCGUCAAACAGACGAAGCGACCAAUCUGCGGCGAGUCGAAUCUCCAGCAGCAGCUGCAGGAGAUUUAUGCGCUAAGCUCCUUUCCCCACCGACACAUCGUCCGCUACUUUGAUGGAUGGGUCGAGGACCAGGCCGUCUUCGUGCGACUCGAGAGGCUGGAUGAUUGUGUGGCAUCUUUGCCGCCUCCCGUGAGUGAGGCUGUCCUCACCGCCAUGCUUCAUCAGACGUCUAUGGCUCUCUAUGAAUUGCACUCGCACGAUGUUGUGCACAUGGAUGUGAAGCCGGAGAACAUCUUGAGGCGUCAACUCGACACCGACACGUUCAUUUUCAAGCUGUGCGAUUUCGGUUUGACGCGUCCCCUUAAUGGCAAGAACUCCGUGACAGGUGAACACUUUCUCGGCCUCAACGAUGACGAUGGCGACCGGCGAUACAUGAGCCCUGAGCUGCUGAAGAACUUACACGACGUCAUUGGCCCGCCUGCAGACAUGUACGCCCUCGGAAAGAGCUGCGAGACGAUGAUGAUCACUGCCAAGGAGGAUUCCUCGGCUGCCAAUCUCAGGCAAAUGGAAGGCUACUCACCAGGAUUCAAUGCGCUGAUUGAGUCGAUGCUAUCUGAAGAUCCUGCUCGCCGUCCCAGCGCCUUUGAGGUUGUACAAGCGACGCUGCCGGAGAGCCUCAUGAGUGACAAGCGACUGCUCGAGCUGCAUCGCCGUAUUGAUGACAUUCGCAGCGAGCUUGCCAAACUGGAUGAAGAUGGGGAUGACAUCCCCUCGUCACUGCACACGUGA